ACUGUGUCAUCGAACAUCUAUGGUCAAUUUCCAUUUUGAAGUAUCAUUCCAAUAUCAUUAUUUGAUUACUGUCGCCUAAUUUCGGUUUGAGUUAUUUCAAAAUGGGUUUGGCUACAAUAAUUGAAAAUGAGUCUCAUUUUCAAACAGAAAUGGCCAACGCUGGUACAAAGCUGGUAGUCGUAGACUUUACAGCUACUUGGUGUCCACCGUGCCAACGUAUUGCCCCAUUUUUUGAACAGUUGCCUGCUAAGUUCCCGAGGGCAGUUUUUCUAAAAGUGGAUGUUGAUCGAUGUGCGGAAACCGCAAGUGCGCAAGGCAUUAGUGCAAUGCCUACGUUCGUAUUUUAUAAGAACAGGACAAGAAUUGAUAGACUACAGGGCGCUGACCCCGGCUCCCUUGAGGCAAAGGUUAGACAGUACUAUGGUACCGACGAAGCUGCAGAUGAGGAUAGCGCUGUAGCAGGACAUAUGGACCUGGUGACAUUUAUCACUAAGAGUGAAUGUGAAUGUUUAAACGAGGCUGAUGACCAUCCACUAAUGCAUGCUCUGAAUAAUGGCGGUGGAUAUCUAGCCAGUGACUGUGAUGAACAACUCAUCAUUAAUAUUACAUUUAAUCAGGUGGUGAAACUACACUCGUUGAAAAUUAAAGCACCAGCUGAUAAAGGCCCAAAGACUUUGAAGUUGUUCAUCAACCAGCCAAGAACACUUGAUUUUGACCAAGCUGCUGGGAAUACUUCGGUGCAAGAAUUAGAAUUGACACCGAGUGACUUGGAGGGCAAUCCUGUGCCGCUAAAGUUUGUUAAAUUCCAGAAUGUUCAAAACAUUCAAAUAUUCAUAAAAGACAACCAAUCAGGUGGCGAGGUCACAUUGGUUAACCACCUGGCAUUCUAUGGCUCCCCCAUUUGUACUACAAACAUGGGAGAAUUUAAACGUGUAGCUGGCAAGAAGGGUGAAAGCCAUUAAACUUCAGUCUAGUUCUAAUAAUACAGAUAGUUCAGUUUAAUAAAGUAAUCAAUAUUUGAAAAAACAUAAACCAAGAAAAAAGUGCUACCUAAGCUUUUUACUUUUAUAAAAAGAGUAAUAAACCCUGAUUUCUGUUACUUUUUUUACGGACUUUUAGACAAGAUACUUUACUGGGUUUGCCAAACAAAAAUGAGCUUAAAGUGAACCUUUAUGAAUAAAAGGAUUUUCAUGAGAAUAACUUGAGUUUAAACUAAAAUAAAUUAAUAAUUUGAAUCAACUAAUAUAAAUGAAUGCAUGGCGAAUUCUAAUAACUAUUGUCUUUAUUUUUAAACAUACAAUAUAAUAAUCCUAUGUGAUAAAAUGCAUUUCAAACAUAUUUAAUUUAUAGCCUGAAACAAUAGCUUACAAAAAUAAAUUUUGUAUGUACCAUUUUGUUAAGCUGUACUAUUUGUUUACAAAAUUGAAUUGUGUACUGUUUACAUAAAGUGUCAAAUGACCAUCAUUUUAAUGAUAUAUUAUUCAUGUAUUUAUGAUAUUGUAAUAUUGAAUAAGGAUAAACAUCUAAAAGGAAUUUGUCAUAGAAGCAUCGUAAAGUGUCAGUAAUUUGUAUAUUCAAGAAAUAAAUGAUUAUAAACUAUA